AGUUGCAACAAAUAAAAAUGAGGACAUCUUGACUGACGCAUUGGGUUCCAAGGAGCACGGUGGACGUGUAAGAGGCGUGGGUGCUUUCGUCUCUCAAUCACAAUAUUUCAACACAGUAAAAGGGAAGGAGAAAAUGUGUCAUAAAGAAGAGGAUGACUCGAGAUGCAAAAGUGACAAGAAGAGAAGUAAUCACUCGAGGUCAUCCAUUGGAAGUAUUAAUAUAGAUCUUGAUGCCGAUGAGGACACACCUACCAACAAAGGAGUGGAGGGAACACCAUGCCAAUUGUCUAUAGGAUCCAUUAAUAAUAUUGUUGCAGUAGCCACGAUAGUUGAGGAUAACAUUGGAUGUCCCAAUGUUAAAGUUCUAGUAGACGUGGUUACGGGAGAAAAUUUGACUAUACCCAAUCCAGUGAAGGGAAAGAUAGAGACUUUAAAUCAAGCAUUGGGUAACAUUAUAGAAUGGCCUCGUCGGCUUGUUUCUACGAUCAAUGACAAACAAGUGUGUAUCUUUUUUUACUAUUUAAGUUUUGAUUUUAUUUGUAUAUGUAUUUUGAAUUUAGAACCUUGGUUGUGAUAGGAGCAUUCAACUAGGAAGGAUGUCGUAUACCCUUCAAAUUAUACUGACG